GUUUUGUGGGGAAAGUGAUCAGUUCUGGAGUACAACUGAACCAAGGUCUCAUCUCAGGGAAAAAUACGGUUACAUUCAUGUAAUAUCAACUGGAUAGUUGCGUAAGAAGGACAACCUUGUUACAGACCUACAAUAUAAUCAGAUGGUUUGUGAUACAUUUGAGGCACAGUAACACGACUGAUUAUAUAGUGAAAUGUGAGGCACACAUAUGUUGUCACAGUUUUUGUGCUGUAACACAUUAUUUCCAUGUUUUUUUUGUUGACGUAUUUAUCCAUCUACUUGGUUGAUAUUAUAUUAUUAUUUUCCAGGGUAUGAAUUUCACGAUGUCUCAUUUUCUUUCUCCAAACGAUAGAAGUGUGAAUACCUCAGGUACUUUUUGUGUCCUUGUCUUCCUCUAACAGCUAAAUGGGUACGAGGAUAAUACAAUGUCAUUUUUGUGUCUUUCAGUGACAGACACUGUCACUGUCUAGCUUCUUUUUUUUCCCCAUAGUGGGUCCAACACCCAGGGACUUUUUUCAGUCCUACUCUUUUACAGUCCCACUGGGGAGAGGUGACGCACACCAGACAGGACCUUGUGCCCGCGCUCAACACGUACAGGUAGGUCUUAAAGGCCUGGAGGGGAGAGGUGUAUGGUCUCAGUGCAGCCCUCGUCACCGUGGAUACAGGAGGGAGGAGAGCCGAAGGAGUCUUAAAAGAACGCAACACCACAGGACAGACGACUUCUCUCCAUCCCCCCCCCCCCCCCGCACUCUGGAAUUCUUCUAUUGGGUUCCUUUUUAGAUUUAUUUUUUUAGUCCCAUUUCUCCACUAUGAACACACCAAUGACAACGGCUGCCGUGGCGUUGGCCACCUGCCACACCAACGCCACGAUAUGCUCGGGCACGUCGUGCCUGGUGGCUCCCAGCAACUACAACGAGAACCUGAGCCUAGUUCUCAGCAUCGUGCUGACCGUCAUGCUGGCCAUGGUCAUGUUCUCCAUGGGCUGCACCGUGGAGGCCGGAAAGCUGUGGGGACACAUCAAGAGGCCAUGGGGAAUUUUUAUCGGCUUCUUGUGCCAGUUCGGCAUCAUGCCCUUCACCGCCUUCGCCCUGUCGCUGGCCUUCAACGUGCUGCCCGUGCAGGCCGUCGUCAUCAUCAUCAUGGGCUGCUGUCCCGGUGGCUCCAGCUCUAAUAUCAUUGCCUACUGGCUGGAUGGAGACAUGGACCUCAGUAUCAGCAUGACAGCCUGCUCCUCUAUCCUGGCCCUGGGGAUGAUGCCUCUGUGUCUGCUCAUCUACACGUCUGUCUGGACCUCUGCUGACACCAUCCAGAUCCCCUACCAAAGCAUAGGUAUCACUUUGGUGUCCCUCCUCAUCCCUGUCGCCCUGGGAAUCUACGUCAAAAACAAGUGGCCCGAAAUAGCUAAAAAGAUCCUCAAGGUGGGUUCCAUAGUUGGCCUCCUCCUCAUCAUCAUAAUAGCGGUGGUUGGUGGGGUGCUGUACCAGUCCUCCUGGACCAUCUCUCCCUCUCUCUGGAUCAUCGGAGCCAUCUACCCCUUCGUAGGCUUCACCCUGGGCUUCUUCAUGGCCCGCUUUGUAGGACAACCCUGGCACAGGUGUCGUACCAUCGCCCUGGAGACAGGCUUCCAGAACUCCCAGUUGUGCAGCACCAUCGUCCAGCUGUCGUUCUCCCCUGAAGACCUGGAGGUCAUGUUCGCCUUCCCGCUCAUCUACAGCAUCUUCCAACUGGUGGUGGCUGUCAUGUCUGUUGGAGCUUACCGGAUGUAUAAGAGGAUGUGUGGAGCAGGUUCAUCUGAGUUAGACAGCGAGGGAGCAGAGGGGGAUGCUGAUGCACCUAAGGAUAAGCAGGAGUACGCCCUGGAAAAUGGAGGCUUCGAGUGCGACGAGAAUGGCAACAAUGGAGAAAAGGGCAAGAUCACCCAGAUGUGAGCACGGACAGGCCGCGGGACUCUGACAGCAGCACGCAGCGACCUGGGUGCAAUACCGUACCUACAUCCUUCCCACACAAUCACACCACACACACACACACUGACCUUGACAGGCUGAAAAUGUGCGUUACAGGGUCCUGCCAUUUUAAAAAGUGAGGUAUUCUCAACAUGGGAGAGGUUUCUGUGAAGCUUUACUUCAUAACAACAACAAAAAAACACAAUCUUCAGGGGUAGGAAGCCAUCUCAGAUCCUGAAUGAAGUCCGUGUAUACCUGCAGUGUAUACCUCGUGAAGGCCAGCAGGGUUGCAGUGUGGUAGUGACUGAGGCGAGGUAUUGUGAGAUUUGUUGAGUGGUAUGAGACACAGGAAACUGUUCACUAUGAAAAGGUUUCUGUCUAGUCACUCCUGUCAGAACUACAAUAACUUUUUCAAUAUUUAUAUUUGCAAACCAGUCAACCUAAACUAAUUUAUUAGUCCAUGUCGUAGGACUCAUGACACACACACACCAGCAUUAAGACAUUAUAUUGAGUUUUAAAUGGACCCCUCCAGGAUAUUUUACACAUGGCUCAUAUUUUAUCAUUUGUAUGUUAAAGCAACAACAAAAAUACAUUACAAGUCUUCCUGACUAAUACAAGUGUUGUACUGAACAUUCAUUUAGUUUUAAGUUAUUAGACAGUACAUUUGAACCAUAUUUAUGAAUGUACUGUCUUUGUAUCCAUUAGUGUAAUUCAUGUUUUGCCGCAUUUUUUUAAACAUUUACAUAGAUGAAUAGACUAAAUACAGACUAUACCACACAUGAAGAACCCCUUCCUAAUAUUGAGUUGCACCCCCUUUUGUCUUCAGAACAGCUUCAAUUUGUCGUAGCAGGGACUACAAGGUGUAGAUGCUGGUCCAUGUUGACUCCAAUGCUUCCCACAGUGGCCAUGUGUGCUGGAUGUCCUUUGGGUGGUACACACAUUCUUGAUACACACGGGAAACUGUUGUGUGAAAAACCCAGCAGCAGUGCAGUUCAAAGGCACUUAAAUAUUUUGUCUUGCCCAUUCACGUUCUGAAUGGCACACAUACACAAUCAAUUGUCUCAAGGUUUAAAAAAAAAAAAUCCUUCUUUAACCUGUCUCCUCCAACUUCAUCUACACUGAUUGAAGUGGAUUUAACAAGGGACAUCAAUAAGGGAUCAUAGCUUUUACCUGGUUAGUCUAAGUCAUGGAAAGAGCAGGUGUUCAUAAUGUUAGGUAUACUCGGUAUAUAUAUCUGUGACGAACACUCCACAUUGCACCGCACCUUAGUUGUUCUCUUUGUCUUUUACGCAGAGGCUAGUUGCUAGUGUGUUGUCUUAAAGAAGGUACCUACCCACCUGAUCUUUUGAUGUGUAAAUGUACCCGGAAAUGAAAUAAAGGUGAACAUUUGGUCUAUCAAGAGUUUUAAUAAAAUAUAUAUUUCAUGACAAA